GGGGUCCUUGAGCAGGAGGCUGUCGGCACGGUUGGCGUUACAUUACAGUCUCCUUCAGUUCGCCCUCCAACCAGCUAGUCCUAUCACAUUGCCUCAGCGCUGGGAAGACGCUUACCGGGCUUGCUUUAAAAGACUCACGCUAAGCUUUUUAACAGAGAAAAAUGUCCAUUCCCCCAGCAUAUGCUGAUCUUGGCAAAUCUGCCAAAGACAUCUUCAACAAAGGAUAUGGCUUUGGUAUGGUGAAGCUUGAUGUCAAGACAAAAUCUGCCAGUGGAGUGGAAUUUAAGACCACUGGUUCCUCCAACACUGACACCAGCAAAGUGGUGGGCAGCCUGGAAACCAAAUACAAGAGGUCUGAGUAUGGUCUGACUUUUACAGAGAAGUGGAAUACUGACAACACCCUGGGCACGGAGAUCACCAUUGAAGACCAGAUUGCAAAGGGACUGAAACUGACCUUUGACACAACCUUCUCACCAAACACAGGAAAAAAGAGUGGAAAAGUCAAGACUGCUUACAAACGUGAGUUUGUUAACCUGGGCUGCGAUGUUGACUUCGACUUUGCUGGCCCAACCAUCCACGGAGUUGCAGUGGUCGGCUAUGAGGGAUGGCUCGCUGGCUGCCAGAUGUCCUUUGACACUGCAAAGUCCAAGAUGACCCAGAACAACUUUGCUGUUGGCUACAAAACCGGCGACUUCCAGCUGCACACAAAUGUUAAUGAUGGCUCAGAGUUUGGGGGCUCCAUCUACCAGAAAGUGAGUGAUAAGCUGGAGACAGCAGUGAAUCUGGCCUGGACAGCAGGCAGCAACAGCACACGCUUCGGCAUUGCUGCCAAAUACCAGCUGGACAAGGAUGCCUCCAUCAGUGCUAAAGUGAACAAUACCAGCCUUGUUGGUGUUGGUUAUACUCAGACUCUGCGACCAGGUAUUAAGUUGACCCUGUCGGCCCUGGUUGAUGGAAAGAGCAUCAAUUCUGGUGGCCACAAGCUGGGCUUGGGCCUGGAGCUGGAGGCCUAAACCUGCGUCAGAGACAAGGGAAUAUCAGAGAAAUCUGACCUUAAAUCUAAGUCCAACAGCAACCAGCAAGGGAAUUCAGGAUGGGUUGGGAUGUGUUCCAAGGCUACAUCAAAACAAUCAUUAUUAUGGUGUUAAUUUUUGUCCCCUCCUGGUCAUAAUGCCCUUUUUGAUUGUAGUUUUUGUCUCAGACAUUCACAUUGGGUCAGCUACAAAUUUAAUUUCUUCAUCUGUCUCCAGCACUGCCACAGUAAUGGAAAAACUCUCUGGGACAGAGGGCAUCUGUGGCUUCCUGUUGUGUUCCCUUAGUAAUAUGGCAGUGGUUUUGGGGUGGGUUUGUGACAAUACUAUGUCUCUGAUUUCAUCAUUUGUAUUGUAUCUGAUAUUCCUUAGUCGUCUGAAUGCAACUCAAGCAACCUCUUAAAACUCCAUAUUAAAGGAUAUACCUGCUAUUAUUUAAAUACUGUUAGACCAUUGUUUCUUUCCAUGCACACAAGGAUGAGCUUAAGCAGUUUAAUUUUCCUUUGUCAGCCAUAAAGUCUCCAGGAGUAAUUGUUGUACAUGAAGUCUGCCCUUGAACUGAUCAGUUUUUGGGUAGCCUAAUGUGGAGAGGGUCUGCCAUAAAAUAAGGCUAGUGAGCUGGCAUGGCUGGCAUUUUGUUUUUAUUUGCAGCACAGACGAUUAGCUGGAUCAUGCAGAAAAAGCAGAAUGAGUUGGUCGUGUGGUUUUGAGUUUUAGUACCUUUUGCUCCCAGUGUUGCGGUAUGACCUUGACUUAACAAAACCUCAGAGGUCCUUAUGGUGUAUGUUUGAACUUUUCAAUAAACUAUUUGAACUCAA